UUUUAGGUAUCUACUUUUGGCGCCCCUAGGAUAUCUGCCGCCCGGGACAAACUGUCCCGGUCCCCCCCCCCCCCCUCUCGGCGGCCCUGAUCAGUUGAAAACAUUUUAGUCCUCAGUAGUUGGUAUCUUUGCACUACAUGGUCUAAAUAAUGGGUAACUAUUUUCUGAAAGGUUUCCAGCGAUUGUUUGGUGGUCCAGAAGUUCGAAUUUUAAUGGUUGGGUUGGACAAUGCUGGAAAAACAACAAUUCUGUAUAAGUUUCGUUUAAAUGAGACUGUAUCUACAGUUCCUACUAUAGGUUUUAAUGUAGAAACUGUGAAGUAUAAAAACAUAGCAUUUACUGUGUGGGAUAUUGGUGGUCAGGAUAAAAUACGAAACCUCUGGCGUGUUUACCUAAAGGGAUCUACUGGUCUUAUAUUUGUUGUGGACAGCUCUGAUAAGCAUCGAAUGAACGAAGCCAAAAAUGAACUUCAUAGGUUGCUGCAAGAAGAAGACUUAAAAAACGCUUAUGUAUUAGUAUUUGCAAACAAACAAGAUGUUAUUGGAGCAAGUAAUGUGAACGAUGUAAAAAGUUUAUUAGGACUUGCAGAUAUAGCAACACAUAAAUGGUUUAUUCAACCUACUAUUGCAACUAAAGGUGAAGGUUUAUUUGAAGGCUUUGAUUGGCUGGCAGCGCAAAUAAAUGAUAGCUUUUUUAACCGCAAAAUGUUUUAAAUUGUCAAAGGUUCUUAGUUACCUAUUUAUUUAGUAUCUUCA